AUGGAGAAAAUCAAAGAGUUGAAACAUCAGCCGCUCAUUGAGGUAGAUAUAGCAAAAGAAAUAAAUGUUGAAAAGAUCUCAGAAACGCACUAUACGGGGUUGAAACCUUUGUUGAAGCCAUAUUUGGGACGCCGUGGUGUUUAUGGUGGAGCUAUAUGCGCACAAGCUGUCCUCGUAGCAAUUCGAUCAUCACCUAAAGGGUUUAGACCAAAUGCGAUGCACACUUUUUUUAUACGUGCAGUGGAUGAAGAGUCUGUGAUUGAUUGGAAGGUGCAAAACAUUUCCAAUGGAAGAUCGUUUGUUAAUAGGAGCGUCAAUGCUAUACAGAAUGGUAAACCUGUCUUUACGGCAAAUAUCUCACUAACACUGAACAAUACAUUGAAGCUGGAGACAAAAUUAAGGCAGGGGCAAGGGCUGGAUUCGGAACUGGGUUUUAAAACUUUUACUUAUCAAGCCACACCAGGACCAAAGUUGGAUAUUUGCAAUUUAAGAGAGGCUGAACUUUUGGGUAACUCGAUUCUCCAUGUAUCAAUAAAGUUUCCAGUUGCAUCACAACCUGUUGAUGUUUUACCUUAUUUCAUCAAAUACGGUGUUGAAGGAAGAGAAACCAUUAGACCAUUAACUCCGGAGUACGAAUAUUGUGCAUUCACAUGGAUUACCGAUUGGAUGGAAUUGGAUAGAGUUUUGGACGUUAUGGGGUAUAAGGAUAUUAUUGCAACUUUUGAUGCUUCCUUGGACCAUACCGUUUACUUCCACGACGAUGACCUUGAUCCUACACAUUGGAUUGCUGUUUCAUUUAAAACUACAAGAUUAAAUCAUGAUCGAGCACUAUUGAUUUGUAACAUGUUUAACGACAAGGGAGUGCAUGUGGCCACCGUUGUCCAAGAGAGGUUGUUCAAAGGAAAUUUUGAUAAAAACAAGCUCUAG